AAAGAUGGCGCUGCCCAUGUUGAGAGGUUGUUACAGGGUGCCAUCAACAUUUAGCUUUACUCGUAUAUUUUUAAGUGAAAGUAUCAUCCUGAAUCGGUCCGGUAAAACGCGGCUACCUUCUCCAUCACCAGCCGCGGUGGGAGCAGCGGUCCGCCCGUACAGCUCCGACCGCGGUAAACCACAACAGACCCAGAAUGUGGUGGUCUUCGGCAUCCCGAAUCCAUUCACCUGGUUACGCACCCGAAUAUACUAUUUUCUGAUUAGAGCUUACUUUGAUAAAGAGUUCAACAUUGAAGAGUUCACGGAGGGAGCGAAGCAGGCCUUCUCCCAUGUUUCCAGACUGUUGUCACAGUGUCAGUUUGACGCUUUGGAAGGGCUCGUGGCUAAAGACUUGAUUGAAAAGCUUGAAGAAAAGUGCAACUUGCUGCCAUCAAGCCACAAGAAAGCCCUGUCUGCAGAAUCUGAUGAGAUCAUGUACACAAAACCAGAAGACGUUGGAAUCUACUAUGAUGAUGACGGCAGAAAGUUUGUCUGUAUUCUGAUGCGUUUCUGGUAUCUGACGAGCGCACGUCUUCCUGACGACAGCAUGGAGGGAAUUCGUGUCUUCCAGGUGGCCAUUGAUGGAGAGAGAGGAGCAGAAACUAAGAGACUACUAACUGCAAAUUAUGAAUUCCAGAGGGAGUUUACUAAGGGAGUGCCUCCAGAAUGGACCAUUACAAGGAUAGAACACUCCAAGCUUUUGGAUUAAGGUGCUUUUGAUUUGGGCCAGUUGUGCCAAUGGAGACUAGU